AUGCUUACAAGCUUAAUGAGCUACGAUAGUUCGAACAAUUUGUCAAAUGAACAGAGAGCUGUCAGAACCUUCUCCCGCGUUUCCAUCCAGGCUGCCCCUGAUAUCUGUCCCCCACGGUUAUUUGCGAAAUGGCUCUUGGCCGGGUGUAAUUAUGAUUAUCAAUCCCAGAACCGUUGGAUCCAUUUCGCCAGAAUAUUUUGUAAGCUUAAUCCUGUGAGCUAUUCGGGUAGCCAGAAUGGGCCCAAGGGGCUGUUAAAUGCGAAUCAAGCGCAUCUCUGGGAGAGCACCACAUUUUUAUAUCACACGCAUGGAUAUGGCCGAGGUGACGGUUCCCGAGUUCGGCUAAUGCCGAAAUUGAAUCCUAUGGUGACGACGCAGGUAUUGGCUGAAAUGGACAGAGUUCGACAGGGGGACAUCUCUCCCGAACUUCUACCUCGGCGUUUCACGGAUUACAGGCUUCAUGACGGCUCGCUACUAACGGCUCACGUAUUACUUGACAGGGGAUAUAAACCUUCGUGUGAGAUACCAAACUCAUAG